CUAGCGCUACUUCUUACCGAAAAUAAACGUUUCAAACGUUACCUUCCAACUACAUUUGGACCCCCAGGUUUCAAACGUUACCUUCUAACCACAUUUGGACCCCCAGGUUUCAAACGUUACCUUUUAACCACAUUUGGACCCCCAGGUUUCAAACGUUACCUUCUAACUACAUUUGGACCCCCAGGUUUCAAACGUUACCUUCUAACUACAUUUGGACCCCCAGGUUUCAAACGUUACCUUCUAACCACAUUUGGACCCCCAGGUUUCAAACGUUACCUUCUAACUACAUUUGGACCCCCAGGUUUCAAACGUUACCUUCUAUCCACAUUUGGACCCCCAGGUUUCAAACAUUACCUUCUAACCACAUUUGGACCCCCAGGUUUCAAACGUUACCUUCUAACCACAUUUGGACCCCCAGGUUUCAAACAACACUGA